CACGGGCGCAGCCCUGUGACCUCAUAGAGCGGCGCCCGCAGUCUGAACUCGCGAUGCCAGGCAGGCUCCAUGGUUCUCGCCUCACUUCAUCGUCGUCACCGCUCAGCGUCCGGGAGGCCGCGCAGGAGCGUGUGUGAAUAGGAAGCGAUUUCGGACGUGGAUGCGGCGUUUUGUCGCUGCUAGUGGUGUCUGGAGAGGUUCGGGCUCGGUCCUUAGGUCCUGGCUCCCAGAAGCAAGAUAACUCAAGUGAAGCAAUGAAGGAAGAAGAGGGAGGUUGCUGGCCUUGGAUAUCAUAAUUUCCAGGGACAACUUUAAGUGGACACUAAUAUUUCUGACCAGGAAAACUUCAUGGCAAAUGCAGAAGAGACAAAGACGUAUAGUCCAUGUUUUCCACUAUUUUCUGAGCACAGAAGAAAAUGAUCAAGACCCAGGAAUCUCUGACCCUGGAGGACGUGGCUGUGGAAUUCAGCUCGGAGGAGUGGCAGCUCUUGGACACUGCUCAGAAGAACCUGUACCGGGAUGUGAUGGUGGAGAACUAUAACCACCUAGUAUCACUGGGGUAUCAAACUAGCAAACCAGAUGUACUCUCCAAGUUGGCGCAUGGACAAGAACCAUGGAUAACAGUUGCUAAAAUCCAGAAUAAAAAUUGUCCAGGAAUCGGGAAAGUUGACAGUCUUCUGCAAGAGCACUCUCCAAACCAAAGACUUCUGAAGAGCGUGCAGCAAUGCAAUGGACAGAAUACACUUAGAAAUACUGUACAUCUCAGCAAGACACAUUUUCCUAUAGUGCAAAAUCAUGAUACAUUUGACUUGUACAGAAAAAAUUUGAAAUCAAGUUUAAGUUUAAUAAACCAGAAGAGAAGACAUGGAAUAAAUAACCCUGUUGAGUUUAUUGGAGGUGAGAAAACGCUUAAGCACGAAUGUAUGCAUGCUAAAACUAGAUUUUCUGAAAAUGCAAAAUGCAUCCAUACUAAAUUCCAAGUCUUUAAGCAUCAGAGGACUCAGAAAAUUGAGAAACCCCAUGCAUGUAUUGAAUGUGAGCAAACCUUCCUUAGGAAGUCUCAGCUCAUUUACCAUGAGAACAUUCAUAUACCAGAAAAUCCUGGAAGUGGUCAAUGUGAGAAAUUAUCCAGAAGUGUCCUGUUCACUAAGCAUCUGAAAACUAAUACAAGAGACAAAAUCUGUAUACCCAAUGAAUAUAGAAAAGGCUGUACUGUGAAGAGUAGUCUCAUUGCACAUCAGCAAACCCAUACAGAAGAGAAAUCCUAUAUGUGCAGUGAGUGUGGAAAGGGCUUUACAAUGAAGCGCUAUCUAAUUGCUCAUCAGCGAACUCAUAGUGGAGAGAAACCUUAUGUGUGCAAUGAAUGUGGAAAAGGUUUCACUGUGAAGAGCAAUCUCAUUGUACAUCAGCGAACUCAUACAGGGGAGAAACCCUAUAUAUGCAGUGAAUGUGGAAAAGGCUUCACCAUGAAACGCUAUCUUGUUGUACAUCAGCGAACUCAUACUGGAGAGAAACCCUAUAUAUGCAGUGAAUGUGGAAAAGGCUUUACCGUGAAGAGCAAUCUCAUUGUACAUCAGCGCUCCCAUACAGGAGAAAAAUCUUACAUAUGCAGCGAAUGUGGAAAAGGCUUCACUGUCAAACGCACUCUCAUUAUACAUCAGCGAACUCAUACAGGAGAGAAAUCUUACAUAUGCAAUGAAUGUGGUAAAGGCUUCACCACAAAGCGCACUCUUAUUAUACAUCAGCGAACUCAUACAGGAGAAAAACCCUAUGAAUGCAAUGAAUGUGGUAAAGCCUUCAGCCAGAAAAUAUGCCUCAUACAACAUGAGAGAUGUCAUACAGGAAAGACUCCCUUUGUAUGUACUGAGUGUGGAAAAUCCUAUUCACACAAAUAUGGUCUCAUUACCCAUCAGAGAAUUCACACAGGAGAGAAACCUUAUGAGUGCAAUGAAUGUGGAAAAGCUUUCACCACUAAGUCAGUACUCAAUGUACAUCAAAGAACGCAUACAGGAGAGAGGCCGUAUGGAUGCAGUGAUUGUGAGAAAGCCUUCUCCCACUUAUCAAACCUUGUCAAACAUAAGAAAAUGCACACAAGAGAAAUGGGUAGAAUCAGUCAAGUUGAAAACUCCUGUAAUGAAGAGUCACAGCUCCUUCCUUACAAGUGAACUCAUACAGAAUGAAAACCCUACUAGUG